GUCCCACUUACAUUCUCUACUUUGAACACCAUUAAUACUUUCUCUGCCUUAGUUCUUCGACUGCUUUUCUUCUUCUUCUCCUUCUUCUUAUCAUUUAUCGGUGUUUACAAAGUAUUGAUAGGAAAUGCAUUACCAGACGGAGUCGUGGGGGUCUUAUAUGUCGUCAAGGAGCGCAAGCGACCCACUGGAGCGAGUUCAGAGACUUGCUUCCGAGAACGCGGUUGUGAUAUUCAGCAUCAGUAGUUGUUGCAUGUGUCACGCCAUCAAGAGGCUCUUCUGUGGGAUGGGUGUGAACCCUACUGUGUACGAGCUGGACGAGGACCCAAGAGGGAAAGAGAUGGAGAAAGCGUUGAUGAGGCUUCUCGGUACUCCUUCUGCUGUUCCUGUCGUCUUUAUCGGUGGGAAACUCGUUGGGCCCAUGGAUAGAGUCAUGGCGUCCCAUAUUAAUGGGUCUUUGGUUCCUCUCCUCAAGGAGGCCGGAGCCCUCUGGCUCUGAAGGUCCAUGAAAAAGGAGGAGGGGAGAGUGGGUUUGUUUGGUUGAUCAACCUCCUCCAUUUUGGCAUAUCUGGAUACACUACCAAUGACUAAUGUGUUUCUCCUAUCUUUUUCUUAGGGUUGUUUUUUUUUUUU